AUGCGACAAACUUGGCGUACACAGUGGCGCGUCACUUUUUCCGGUAUCUAUUCUUGUUCAUUCACGCCUUAUGUUGUGAAUUUUAUUUGGACUUGCGAAACUGCUCUAUGGUUUCUAAUAUCUCAUGUAGAAGAUCUUCAGACAACACUUACGUACCUCAACAAAUACCCGAAGGUCUUUUGGUCCCACUAUCACCAGCAAACCAUGGUGGUUGAAUGGGUGCUUUCAGUGGUAGGACAUCGGUUAGCCCGACUAUACGUGAAAGUUAACGUUCACCUCGUUUCCCCUAAAAUCGACAGCGUCCUCAACCGACUGGAUAGCAUCAACGCUGGUGCCGUCACCAUUCUACCGAAUGAAGUCCAGAAGAGUAUUGUGGCGAAUAUUUAUGGCGAUACUGGAGAGUUAAUGUGCAAGGCAACACUGAUUUCAGGCUGUGCACAUGCGGUGGUGAUUGUUCUAUCACGGGCGUGCUACUACAUUGAUGUGGCGGCCACUCUGGAUGUUCGGAAUAAAGUGCUGGGUUCAGAAAUAACUGCCUUGGAUGAAAUAUCAUGCCUAAUCCGUGAUAGAGAACACGCGGACUGUAAAGUAGUCAUGUUAUAUCAACUGGACUGGAGCAAGGAAGCUGCGUACAUGAUGCUACCAAUGCGCGGGAAUUUCCACAGCUUGGAAUCUACAGACGCUGCAGACCUGUUGAACAUAGGCAAGCGCUUCCAAAACGACUUUGGAGGCGAGGCUAGGACCGGAGUAGAAGCUGAGGCAAGAGGUAUUUGA